AUGCAUUUCUCUCUUGCGACCAGCAACGUAGGCGCAUUUCUGCCGUUCUUGGUAGUUCUACUCAGCCAGAUAGCAUUGUCGUUCGUGUUGGAGGGUUCGACGACCAGUUAUGCUCAAUUUCGAAAAUGGAACGCCGGUCUGAACGGCACGCUCGAGUUCGAGUUCAAGACCGAACAGGGGAACGGUUUGUUGCUUUACACCGACGACGGUGGAACCUACGACUUUUUCGAGGUGAAACUGGUCGAGAGUGCGCUCAGACUGAUAUACAAUCUAGGCGGUGGUGUGCAGAUCGUAACUGUAGGCCACGACCUGGGCGACGGUCACUGGCACAAAGUGCAGAUCACCAGGUGUAACGAGAACACCACGUUAACGGUGGACGGUGUUAGCGCUGUCUCGAUGUCACGGGGCAAGGAAUUCGAGUUCGGGAAAUUGGUAGGAAAUUCUGACGUGUACGUGGGCGGUAUGCCUAGCUGGUACAACAGCAAGCUUACGUUACUGGCGCUACCGAGCGUGAUUUUCGAGCCAAGAUUCAACGGAUACAUCAGGAAUCUCGUGUACGCCGACGGAGAGAAUACGGUACCCAGAAGACAGGAGAUGAAGAGUCGGGAUGCUAAGUGCGGUGGAUUUCCAUGCGUCGAGAAUGUCAAACGCAAAUCGACGAAGAAAAACAACGAAUCGACUAUAUAA